AUGGCAUCCUCUCCAGAUUUGCCCGCACGGCGGGGCGCUCUCAUCGUCGUUGAGGGACUCGACCGUGCUGGUAAAUCAAGCCAAUGUGAGAUGCUACAAGGAUACCUUUCUGGGAGAGGCCAUGAUGUGAAAUAUAUUCGUUUUCCAGACCGUACCACGCCGAUCGGAAAGCUCAUCGACAGCUACCUCCGCGGCUCGGCGGAUCAGGAUGACCAUUCCAUCCAUCUUCUCUUUUCUGCGAACCGGUGGGAACUCGCCAAAAGUAUCGAGAGGGAUAUUGCUGCAGGAAUCACGAUAAUCGUCGACCGUUACUCAUACUCCGGUGCGGUCUAUUCAGCUGCGAAGGCCAACCCAACCCUUUCGUUAGAAUGGGCUUGGCAGCCGGAGAUGGGGCUUCCGCAGCCUGACAUUUGUUUGUUCUUGAACAUCUCUACCGAGGCGGCUGCACGGAGAGGUGGUUUUGGUGCAGAGAGAUACGAGAAUGAGAAAAUGCAAACUCGCGUGCGGGAGAUCUUCCGCACUCUAUUCGACCGCCAGGAAAAUGUUUGCGUGAUUGAUGCGGGGAGGACACUAGACGAGGUGUCUAAAGAUAUUCAGAUCGCGGUAGAAAACUGUUUGAGCCAGUCGACCAGGAAUGAGCCACUGAAGCAUCUGGGCCCGCUUGCGAACAAGCCCUGA